AUGCACUCUUUCACAGUUUUGCUGGCGGUGUCCGCCUUCGCUUCCCAUUCGCUUGCGAAGCCUAUCCCGGCCUCGGACGUCUCUACGAAGAAAGGCUUCACUGUCAAGCAAGCUAUUGCAAAACCAUUCCAGGCUGGUCCUGUGGUCUUGCAAAAGACGUACAACAAGUACACCACCGCUGUGCCGGCCGAUGUCAAGGCCGCUGCAGCUGAUGGCUCCGUCACCGCAACGCCCGAACAAUAUGAUGCGGAGUAUCUUUCUCCUGUCAGCAUUGGAGGUCAGACACUGAACCUGGACUUCGACACCGGUUCCGCGGACCUAUGGGUCUUCUCUUCUGAGUUGCCAAGUUCACAGCAAUCCGGACAUAGCAUCUACGACCCUUCAAAGUCUGAUACUGCGAAAGAGCUAGAGGGCGCAACAUGGAACAUCUCCUAUGGUGAUGGGUCUGGUGCCAGCGGCAACGUCUACACCGAUACUGUUGAUGUUGGCGGCACCACUGUCACCGGCCAAGCUGUCGAACUAGCUGCUCAGAUCAGCGCCCAAUUCCAGCAAGAUGAAAACAAUGAUGGCUUGCUUGGCCUGGCUUUCAGUUCGAUCAAUACUGUCCAACCCGACCAACAGACAACUUUCUUCGAUACUGCGAUCCAGCAAGGGGUUCUGUCUCAAAACCUCUUCACGGUCGAUUUGAAGAAAGGUGAACCCGGCACAUACGACUUUGGUUUCAUUGACGACAGCAAACACACCGGCGACAUUACCUAUACACCGGUGGACACUGCAAACGGCUUCUGGGAAUUCACUGGCACGGGUUAUGCUGUAGGUGAUGGUUCUUUCCAGCAGCAGAGCAUUGACGCCAUUGCCGACACCGGCACCACGCUCCUACUCAUGGAUGAUUCUAUUGUUUCCGCCUAUUACGAUCAAGUUGACGGUGCCAAAUACGACAACACCCAAGGUGGUUAUACAUUCCCCUGUUCAGCUGACCUCCCCGACUUCGCCGUCGGCAUUGAAGAUUAUCACGCUGUUAUUCCAGGUUCAUUCAUGAACUUUGCUCCAGCUGAUUCUUCUACUUGCUAUGGUGGCCUUCAGAGCAACGAAGGUAUCGGCUUUUCCAUCUACGGGGAUAUUUUCCUCAAGGCUGUGUUUGCUGUUUUUGACAGCGACAACACCCAACUUGGCUUCGCGCCAAAAGACCUGUAA